AUGCUAGGCACCCGUAUAAGAUCUCGAGAUGGCGCUGUUCCGUUCGAAGUGGCAGUCGAGAAGUAUAGCCGGACGAGGCAGUGGAGCGCAGCACUGCAGCUGCUCCGCAAGAGCCUCCAGUCGGGUGCGCAUCUUUCCCCAGGCCACUACAUCACGAUUGUCAGCGCAUGCAGAAAAGCCGGGCAGUGGCAGCACGCACUUUCGGUGCUCAACGCGAUGUGGGAGGCGAAGGUGAAGCCCAACUCAUCAGCUACAAUGCUGGGAUCAGCGCGUGCGAGAAGGGCGAGCAGUGGCAGCGGGCUCUGGCACUGGUCGGCGAGAUGUGGGAGGCGAAGUUAG